AUGGCCGUGGCCGGGGAGCUUCCGCCGCUCGCUCCGUUGCUGCCCGUCGCCUCGAUCCCCUCCUUCGCCGUGGCCCGCGGCCUGGUGGGACACCGCUACUCGUGCCUCGUGGUGGCGCCGCACCGCAGGCACAUCGCGCUGCCGCCGCGCUACCUGGGCCGCAAGCGCACCGGCAUCCGCGCCCAGCUCGACGACGAGCUCCUGCGCUACUCGGAGAGCCUUCAGGGUGUGCCAGUGGCUUAUGACAACAUCAGAGUGGUGGGUGAGCUCGGGGACAUUUACGAUGACCAAGGCUUCAUCCACCUGAACAUUGAGGCGGACUUUGUCAUCUUCAGCCCCAAGAAAGGGAAGAAAUUGGUGGGUGUAAUCAAUAAAGUGGCCCCUAGUCACAUUGGCUGCCUGAUACAUGGAUGCUUCAAUGCUUCUAUCCCUAAACCUGAGCAAAUGUCAGUUGUACAGUGGCAAGAACUGGGGUUAAAAAUAGGAGAUGAACUGAAAUUUCGAGUUUUGCACUUGGAUUCUGAUGCAGCUGGAGUGUUCUUCAUUCGAGGAGGACUCACUAAAAGCAGCAUGAAGCCUAAAAAAUCUGAGACUAUCACUGGCAGCACAAAUGGAGGUGAAAUUCAAAACCUUGACCACCAGGAAAAUGGUUGGAAUAACUCUGAGGAUGAUAAUGUCACAGAGGAGCCUGUAGGUGAGAUGGGUGACACUGGGAGGGAAAAUGCAGAGGAGCAAAAUGUUGAUGCUGCUACGGGAUUAUGUGAUGAUAAAAACAAGAAGAAGAAGAAAAAGAAAAAGCAUAAGCAAGAAGAACAGGAACAUGUGUUGCCUACCAGUGACUCCAGUGGUUACCAAAGUGACCAUAAAAUGUCAAAGAAAAAGAAAAGAAAGCAUUGUGAUGCAGUUGAAGAAAGCGAAUUAUCUCAGCUGUCACAAGAGCCCAAAGCUAAAAAGAAGAGGGACUAA